AUGAGUGCUGCGUUAAGUUCGAGGGCUGAACAAUAUUUCUAUAGCAUAAAUCCCUUGGCACAAAGGAUAGGGGAAGAUAUAACUGCAACUAAGGAAGCUUAUGAAGGUCUGUGGAACACAUUAAGUAUAGCAGAACGGAAUCAAGCGAUUAAUGAAACUAUUAUUCAGCCGGAAGUUGCAUUAAAAUAUACUUUGAAAAAACCUGAGAUUACUAAAGAAUUACCGGAAUGGUAUCCAAAACUACGCAUACAGACAGGAAUGAAAUAUGUUAUUGAUGAAACUGGUUCUACAUUACGAUGGCGUGAUGAGCAUUCAGCUCCAUUUUCAUUCAUGACUCAGUCACAAAUGAAUCUUAGUGUAAUUGAUUCAACAGAGGAUGCAAAAUCAAAAUUAAUAAGAGCCCAAUUUGGGGAAUCAUCACAUUUCUCAAGCCCAGCAAAAUCACAUAGAAAUAAUUCAAACUCUCUUAAUGAUCCCUAUACAUCAUCUCAUACAGUUAAUCGCUUUCAAUCUGAUUGUUUUUCAAGUAAUAUUUUUGAAGAUGAACAGUGUAGUAGCUUGUUAAAAGGCAGUGUUGAUAGUGAUCAUUCUGAAAGUAUAUUUGCCAAAUUGAUGAACAAAACGUCUUUAUUAAAACUACAAAAUAAUUUGGCAGAUGAUAUGGAAAGCUUAGUCAGAGAAAGGGAUUCUGAUACAGAUAAAAGUCAAACAAAUACAUUAGUGGUAAUGUCGCGUACAAAAUCAAGUGAUAUUAAUGAGUCAACAGCAUUAUUAGAGACUCCUAGUUCAUAUAGUAGUUUUCAAUCUUCCCAGUUGAAUCAGGAAGAGGAAGAAAGAACUAUACCAAAAACUGGUUUUGAAUUUCUUGAUAAUUGGUAG